AUGGACGUAAAGAAUGCAUUUUUGCACGGAGAGUUAGAUCGGGAGAUCUACAUAUGUCAACCAAUAGGCUUUCAGAGUCAAGAUCAUCCCGAGUAUGUAUGUAAGCUUCGAAAAGCGCUAUAUAGGUUAAAGCAAGCACCAAGGGCAUGGUAUGGUAAGAUUUCUGAAUUUCUUACUCAUAGUUGUUAUUCUGUAGCAUCGGCAGAUUCCAGAUUAUUUGUGAAAGUUGUUGGAAGGAAACUAGCUAUUGUGUUAGUAUAUGUGGAUGAUUCAAUCCUAACAGGAGAUUGUGAAGAAGAAAUUCUUCUAACAAAGAAGAAUUUGUCAGUUCGCUUCCAGAUGAAGGAACUUGGACAAAUCAACCAUUUUCUUGGCUUGGAGGUUGAUUGUAAUGAAGAAGGAAUUUGUUUGCAUCAAAAGAAAUAUUCUGAAGAUCUGUUGAAGAAGUUUGGAAUGUUUAAUUGCAAACCAAUAUCAACACCAUUGGAGCCAAAUGCUAAAAUGUGUGUGCAUGAAGGAAAAGACUUAGGAGAUAUGACAAUGUAUCGACAAUUGGUAGGUAGUCUGAUUUAUUUAACUCAGACUCGACCUGGUGUUUCUUUUGCAAUUGGUGUGAUGAGUCGCUACAUGCACAAUCCAAAGAAGCAUCAUAUGGAGGUUGUUCGGCGAAUACUAACAUAUGUGAAAAGUACAAUUGAUUAUGGUCUUUUGUACAAGAAAGGGGAUUAUGAUAAUCGUCGUUCAACUACUGGCUAUGUGUUUAAGCUCGGAGAUGGAGCAAUUUCUUGGUGUAGCAAAAGGCAACCAACUCUGUCGCUAUCAACAACAGAAGCAGAGCAUAGGGUAGUAGCAGUUGCAGCUCAAGAAAGUACAUGGCUUAUGCAGUUGAUGAAGGAUUUACACCAACCUGUUGGCUACUCAGUUACCUUGUACUGUGACAAUCAGUUAUCGAUUUGCUUGGCUAAAAAUCAUGUUUUUCAUGCUAGGAUUUUAUGGAUUCAACCUCCGACGCCAAUUUAA